AUGUGCAGCCUGUUUAUGAAAAAAAUUCGAAGAAAUUACAGGAGUAAAGCUGGUGACUCAGACGAUGAGCAAAAAAACAAGAGCGUUUUAAGUUUCGAGGAUGAUCUUGACCCAGAUGAUGGUGACACAUUUAAAGUUAAGAAAUCUUCAAUGAGUCGUAAGAUUACUAAACAAACGAAAGAAGUCGGUGACUUUCAUAAGAAUUUAGUUUCAUAUGACGAAAGCUCUCCUGAUCCCGAAGAAAAUCUUGAGAAUUUAAGAAAAGAAUUAUUGAAUUUAGCCGAAGAUGAAACAACUUCUGAAGUAGUUCCAUCUGUGAAAUCCGAACCCAGCAAUGUGACUUCAAUGAUAAAGCAGGGUGUAAUCCCUGAUGCGGCAACAAUACAUUUGGCUCGUAAACAACGUGAGAAAGCUAAAAGUCUCAUUGAAUCAUCUGAUCAUUCACCUACCUAUUAUUCAUCUAGUAAAAAUGAUGGUAGACGUUUAGUGAGAGAAGAUGAUGACGAUGAUGAGUUGAAUGAUGAUGAAGAUGCCAAUGAUAUGACAACUGUCUCAUUUUCAAACUCUGCCAGUGAAAUGAGACCAGUUUUUGUUGUCAGUAAAGACCGUGAAACUUGUAGUAAACGCGCAGUUAUAGGUGCUCGUUUGAAUCGUCGUGAAGAAGAAUUGAAAUGCAUUCGAGAAGAUUUCAUGGCAGCUGAACAUGGUAGUGAUCGAGACAGUGAUCAAGAGAUUGAAUGGGAAAGACAACAACUUCAAAAGGCUAUUAUUAAUCAAGUUCGUUUCCAAUCCUGCUGUUUAGAAGCUAUUCAACCAAUUCUUGGUACUGAAGAUUCUAAUAAUACUACAACACCUGCAGAUAGUACUAUACUUGGUGGAUUAAAUGUUACAGAUAUAACAUUGCCAAAAUUAAAAGAUAAUUUACAAGAGAAAUACAAUAAGUUGAAUGAAUCACUAACGAAGCAUAAAACAUCAUUAGAAGAGGCGAAACGUGAUUUAGAACGUGGCAAGAUAAUAAUUGCAGAUGCUCGUGAAAAACUUCCUAACUUAGCAAAACAAUUUAUGUUCUAUCAAGAAAUGAAAGAUUAUAUUGAUGAUUUAAUAUCUUGUUUUAAUGAAAAGAUGUCAAAAAUAGAAUAUCUAGAGAAACGUUCUAUUAUAAUAUUUCGUGAACGCUAUGACAAAUUAGUUGAACGUCGACGUAUGGAUAUGAAAGAUAUGGCGGAUACAGUAUCUCAGCCAACUAUAUCAUCUACAUGUACACCUAGAACACCUGAAGAAGUAAAAAUUUUUGAAGCCAGACGUAAAAGAUGUGCUGAACGAGAAUCCCGACGAAUACGGCGUCAACGUGCUAGAGAAUUACAAAAUCCUAAUGUCAUACAAGUUCACGUUGAUGGAACUAGUACGGAUGAUGAAGAACCACAGGCUACAAUUGUUAAACGUUCAGCUGAUAUAGAUGCUUUACUAGUAGAUGCAAAUGCUUUAUUCGAAGAUGUUGUUGAAGAAUUUUGUGAAUUACCAUUAAUCCUUGAAAGAUUUAUAGAAUGGCGUAAUAAAUAUCCUGAAUCAUAUCAACAAGCUUAUGUAUCAUUGUGUUUACCACAAUUAUUUAGUCCUAUAAUACGAAUUCAAUUAAUCGGUUGGAAUCCUUUAAGUAAUCAUGCUGAUCCGAUUGAAGAAAUGAAAUGGUUUCAAGAUUUGUUAGACUUCUGUAACCUUCCAUCAGUUGACAAUAAUAAAAAUACAAAGUCGACUAUUUUAAAUAGUAAUAAAACUGAUAAAAGCAAUAAUAAUAAUAAUAAUGAAAAUAAAAAUGCCAGUAAUAAUAAUAAUAAUAACUUGGAUAAAAAUGCUGGUAAUCUUGAUGAUGAUCUUCGUAUAAUACCAAAGUCAAUUGAAAAGAUUGUUUUACAACGAAUAAAUGAACUAGUCUGCGCUUCAUGGGAUCCUUUAUCAGAGAAACAAUCUUUACAACUUGUCAAUUUAAUGCAUAAUUUAUGCUCAACUUAUCCAACGAUUUGUAUUGGUAGUCGUCCAACAGAAAAAUUAUUCACUUCCAUUGUUAAACGUAUUGAAAAUACAAUACAAGAAGAUAUUUUCAUACCACUCUAUUCAAAAACUCUAAUGCAACAUCGUCAAGGUCCAGCUUUCAUAUUCUUCGAACGUCAAUUUAACAUGGGAUUAAAGGUUUCGGUACCUAAUCUCUGUGCAAAAGUUUAUCGUGGGAAACGUUGGCUACAACCAGCUCUUAAAAAUAUUCUACUAUGGUCAAAUCUAUUGAGUAUAGAUACAUUAAAACAUAUUACUCUUACUUGUUUAAUAAAUCGUUAUCUUUUAGUUGGAUUAGCUUGUUUAUUAUCAGUUGUUACACUUAAAUCAAAUGAUGAUAAAUCUAAUCUCAUAAUGAAUUCAUCAUUUCCAACUGGAUUAUCAUCAAUUGAUCAAUCAGGUUCAUUAGCUUUUCGUGAUGCUGUACAAAAAUUAAAAAUAAUAGUUGAUUUAUUACCUCAUGAAUGGUUGAAAUCAUCAAGUCCUUCAGUAAAACAAGAUGAUGAUGAUGAUAAUAAUAAUAAUAAGGAUGAUGAUGAUGAUGAAUCUUCAAGAAAAGUUUCAUUCACUGGAGUUUCAGAUCCACUUAAUCAAAUUAAAAGAUUUUUAACACAAUUAUUAGAAAAUAUACCACCGACUCGAAUGUAUUCAGAUAUUACUGUUGGUCAAGCAGAUAUUCAAAUCAUUGAACGGGAAUGCAUGGGAACUUUGUUACAACUAAGAGAUUUAUUGAAGAAUUGA